AUGGCGCCCGCCGCCUCUUCAAACGGUGCGGCGCCAAUCCGCAGAAGCCAAGACGAUCCUCCGAGUCUCAAUGGCAGCAGACCCCCUUCCAAAACAAGAGGGCGUCUCAGCGAAGCUUCAGAAGAGCUACGAUCCGCCCUCGACGCCGUGCUCGAAUCCGAAGAUGGCUUCACCGUCAGCCCGGUCGCUUCGGUCGACCAUCACGGUGAUCCCGGCGCUCCCGUAUCGUUCCAGCCGCUGAAACCGCCGGGUGCUUUGGCUUCCUCCAAGGCACCGCCAGACGCUCUUUCCACCACCACCAGGGGAGGGCGGGCUAACGGCCAGUCCCCCAGCACCAGUAGCACAGAUGCCGACCUCCUGCAACACGUCGACGCCGCGCUGAACGGAAUCAACGGCUCGGCACGCCUCACGACUCACCCUAACGGAUCCCAGAACUCCUUUCGGGCUAUGGGCGAGGUGCUGCCGCCCAGCACUGGUGCGCCAUUGAACACGCUACUGGAGGACGAUUCGGCGAAUGGCUCACCGGCACCAGUGUAUCACAGUCUACAGGGAUCGGAGCUGUCCUUGAGUCGAUAUGAUUCGGAUGGAGCCAGCUUCGCGACGGCGCCGAGCACGCUAAAGCUGGGCACGUUCGCUGACAGUGUCGAAACGCUGUCUCAGACACCACGCACCGCGACCCCGGCAUCCAUGCGACCAUCAGCCUCCACCUCAGCGUCCGACUCAACGGUCAACGUGAACAACUAUUCGACGGAAGAACUGUACACGGCAAGCGCGAUGUCCUCCAAGGCAUCAGUCGACACGUUCGGGAAGGCGUCUGCGACAGAGAAGCCGCAGCUCCCCCGAUUGUCGGUGAUCACCAACCUCGCCAACGCCCCCGCUGUCCAAGAAGUCUCACCGGGUAAGGCCCAUUGGGAACAAGUCAAACAGCACGUCCUCACCGCGCCGACUCCGCUUAACGAGCGUAUGGCACCGCAACCGAAACCGCAACCGAAGGGCAAGCUUGCCUUUGUGACGAAGGCGGCGGGCAAGGCGGCAGGCAUGGCCGCGAGCCGUCUCGGGCUGCGCUCCGCCGUCGAGUCUGUCAUGGGUCUGAACCACACGCCGGCAGAGCAAAUGUCGUGGGACACGCUCGGUGUCGCCCUGAACGACCAAGAGCGCGAAGAGGCUUCACGCCAGCGCCGUCGCUUCGCCCGCGACAUUUGUAUCUGUCUCGACCAGUGUGCUUAUGAGGAGAGCUGCCGCCGACUCCGUCGUAUGGCAGGCAAGAACCAGACGCCCGGUCCAACGCCGAACGGCACGAUGCGCGCGCACUCGACACACCACUUCCGCAUCGGCUACUCAGCGCAGUCGACACAUCGCACCGACAUUGACGAUGGCGUCUCCGCCUUCGCCCCCUUCCUGAUGGAGCUGCACCGGCACCUUCCCGAUGCGCGCGCAAAGCGCGUCUGGUCGCGUACCUGUCCACAUCACUCAGCUAUCCUCGCUGAACUCGGCGUCACAUUCAUCCCGGAUGCGAGUUCGACGGAUGGCGAACGUGCCCAGGCCCUCGAGGUGUUCGGGACCGUGGUGCGCAACUGGGCCACGGACAGUACGGACGAGGAGCUUGCGCGGUGGUUGUGGCUUUGUCGCGCGCUUGUCAUUGAAGAUCGUGUGCUCCGUGGACGUGGUCUGCCCUUGCUCGUCGACCUGCUGCACGCCAACCCGGCGUUGCCAAAGGCGUCGUACGCCCCUUCGACAGCUUUCGACUUUGAAAGUAUCACGAUCGCGCUCCUGGCUCUCCUGCACGCACUCGAGAGCACGCCCGCCCGUGCCGAGGAUCAGGUGCAGAUGGCAGCCGGGCUGCUGACGGACCUCGCUGCUGGCGAGGUCAUCCGCAUCUCGGUCGAGAGUCUGAUGGACCUCCUCCCAGGACUCGAGAUCGAGAAAGUCAACUCUGGUAUUGAACAUGAAAUGCUGUGGCUCGCAGUUGGCCGUGCUAUCAACACGGAGCUAGAGCUCGGCGAUUGGCUGCUGCGUGAUCGCGGAGCCGUCCUUGAGAGUUUGCGCGCGCUUGCUGCUGUCGAGUUCUUCAACUCGUUCUCCGUCGUCGUCAAGGGACACGAGGACGAGGACCUCAUCCCCAGCGUCGCGUUCUGGGGCGACUUGCUAUAUGAGCAGGUCCGCGGCGUGGAGUACAAGAGCGAUACGGUGGCUGCCUGCUACCUCUCCCUCCUGCUCGACAUUGAGAUCAAGAGCCACCAACGCCAGACGGAGGACCCAUUUAGCCCCACGUCCCAGGCUUUCAGCGACAACCAUGCGCGCCUGGUCCAUCUCCUUGAGAGCGCGCCGAAGGGUGUUGUCGACGAAGCUGCCGCGCGCGUGAUUGCCACGACGCCGCUGGCUGUGGUACAGUUUGCACUCCGCAAGUUCCUUGGCGGCGACCUCGUCAAGGCUGGUCGCGCGGCGGUGCCGCACGUACUGAAACGGCUGAAGGCCGCUGAUGCCUCUGACCCAGCUCUCGUCACGUUUUUGAACUGGCUCGCGUCCUGGCACCCGCAGCUCUUCUACAAGCCGCUCUUCUCGACCGCCGCCGCGACCCACAAGGCGUCCCUCGCCGGUCCUCUUCAGGUCGUCAUCAACCUGCAGCGUAUCGUCGGACCAGAUAGAUUCUGGACGCAAGCCGAUCCGCAGAUGGUCAUGGUCGUCCUGGUCGGCAAUGUCUCCCUCCAGCCGGCCAAGGGGAAGGGCAAGGCUGAGAGUGAGGAUUUGCCGACAGUCAACGUCAAGUUGGGUCGAUACGCCGUGCUCGUCGAGCUGAUUCUGGCACUUAGCGCCCGCAAGCUCCCCUCCAGCUCGGGUAUGAAGGAUUUCCUGACGCAGCUCGAGACGAAGCUUGCCGCAGUGCUCGAGAUGGAGGAAGUCGGCGGACCACAUCCGCAGGGGUACCUCGCGCUACUGUGCCAAUUGUUUGAACGCCUGCGUUUCUCGUCCGCCUGGGUCAAGCGCACCAUUGCGACGCGUCUGCUGGUGAAAUGGUUCACGGGCGGCAAGGAUGUGCUCCACCCCACCAUUGGGAGUGCAGCAGAGGGCACGCAGCUCCGCAUCCUGCAUUCGCUGUACACGACCGAGUUUGCCGCCUUCGGCCCCGAACGCCAGGACGUGCUGAACCGGACUGUGGAGAGGGCCUUGUCGUCUGCUCUCGUGACAGUGCAAGCGAGCAUGAGCAAGGAUGACUGGCUCAAGCUUCUGCCCGUGCUCUGGGCACGGUACGGCGUGAUGGGACAGCCGACGGAACAGCUCACGUUCCUGCUGAUGAAGUGUGCGGAGCAGCUGCCCGAGGCCGUCCGGUCUAUCGUCACGCGAGACCUCGAGAACCCCUCCUCGGCGAAACACCUCGAGGCCCUGCUGAAGCUCGCCACACUGUACGGGUACCGAUACCAGGUGUUCACGCAACAGACGGUGACUGAUGCGAAGCGUGGUCCUCUGUUCCGCUUCAACGCGCGCAUUCUCGACUUUGUCAUGGCCGAAAUGGGAUCAAGCGUGUGGGUCACGCCGCGCGAGGCGCAGGACGCCCAGCUGCAGAAGUAUGGCCGUUCCCUGCCCCUCGAGCUCAGGCAGAGACUGUGGGACCUGGGCUGGAACGAGGACUCGCAACUCACAAUCCACGACUACGAGCGCGUACCGGUGACGCUCCUUCCGGCGGAAUCGUACGCCGAGUCGACCAAGCUGGAGCGUUCCAGCAGCGGGAGCCAGGAGGCGCCGAAACGAUCAAAGUCACUGCGCGCCGUCAAGUCACGCGGAGGUACCGUGCACCGUGCCGUCCUUCCUCCCAUCAUUGGACGCCUUGUCAACGAUCAAGCGCGCAUGUUCAUCAACUUUGACGACUCGCUCGUCGUAGUGUCAAGCGAGGAGCUGGUGCGGAUGUUCGAGCGCGAGGACCCGGGACACUUUGCCCGCGCGUUCACGGAAAAUUUGCAGAGCGAGUUCGACAAGGCGCUCCGCCGCGUCAACUCUGUCAUCCAGGACCCGACGCCGAGCUACGCCUACACAGCGCUGAACGCUAUCGCGGGCUAUCUGAAGCUGAACGUCAAGGACAAUGCCGAGUUUGCGCACUGGCCCGUGUUGCUGGGUACGCUGUCGCGCAUCGUCCCGCAUGUGUCUGAGCUGAGUCUGCGCGAUGUCCGCAAGACGAAGAGCGAGGCAGCCCUCCUCCCCGCCUCGAUCUAUGACGAUGACCAAGGCGCGUUCCGCAUUCACCAGCCGUGGCGCAAUGCGUAUCUCGAUGUGCAGACUGGUCAGCUCGUGCUUCUCGAGUCGAUCCUGCGGUCGAACCCGCGCGAUGUCUACCUCAUCAAGAAGAUGCUGUUCAACCUCCAGGUCCAGGCGUCCUUCCGCCACUUCCCCUUUGCACGUGCAUGGCUCCUGCUGGUGGUGCAGAUGUUCCGCUGCCUGAAUUCCAACUACAACGACCGCGCUGAACUCCGUCACUUUGUCCGCAACAUUACCCAGGUCGUCGCCCUCCAUGGAGCAAGCGACAUCAUCAUGAUGGGCCAGGCCAUGGUCGCCCUGUCGCUGUGCAGUGCGCGUUUCCGCCGUGCAUUCGGAUCCAUCGGAUUCGUCGAUCUCAUGCGUCAACUCUACGUCCUCUAUGUCUAUGGCACGCCCGGUAUUCGCGACUGCAUAGAGUACGCGUGCCGCUCCUUCUACCGCAUCCACCAGGACACGUUCAUCUACCAAACCUUCCUGGCGAUCUGCGAGAGCCCCUUCGACCCCGAGGCGGCGUACCAGCUCCUCUCAUGUCUGUCCGUGCCAAACGGACCCGCGUCUGGCGUCGCCUCGGGCAUCCGCGGCCUGAACGAUGCGUACGAACUCGAAGCGCUCGUACAGAUGAUCAGUGCUGGCCCCGAGAUCACGCUGGCUGAGAUCAGGACUUCUGUCGCUGAGCGUCAAGCCCAGAAGGCGGCCAAUAUCAACCUGGAGCCGAUCCUCUUCCCGCAAGCCAACAUCGUGCGCUUCCUCGUCACGGUCAUCGCAUUCAACGCGGCCAGCCCUCGCGCGAUCAAGUUCCUGAAGCUCUUCACGCUCCUCGUGCCCAGCAUGAUGAAGGACGACGACGAGCGUACCCGCGAACUCCUGCGCGAGGGCAUCGACGCCCUGGGCAGGUUCAUCAACACCAAGUGCGCGACAUCUGAUGAGAGCAUCCUCCUGCGUUUCGAGCCCGGUGAGGACGCAGGUGAAGCGGACUGGACGGCAGCUUAUCAGGAGUACGUCGCUCUCGUUGACGCGUAUGCCACGGCAGGCGGCGUCCUCCCCGGUACGGCCACAAGGCGGCUGUUGGCCAUCAUCAACAGCCUUCUAAGCGCUAGUCCGCGCGGUACACCCGCCGUGUCGAGCAUCUUGGGAAGUCUCGCGCGAGCAAGUCUCAAGAGCAAGGACCCCUACGCGUUCAUGAAGCACAUUGCGCCGCUGUACCGCCAGCACAUUGGUACCGUUGACUUCAGCAGUGUGCUCGACGCGCUCGCGGCGCACAUCAGGUCCGUGUCUGAGGGUAGCGGUCCCGAGCUCAGUGCCGAGAUGACAGCGCUAGUAGCAUACGAGUAUGUCGAGCCGGCGUUGCGCAUGCUGGCCCUGGCAUCCGAGGCUUCACUCGCGUUCAUCGUGCCCAUGCGCCAUUCCGCCAUCGAGCUGCUCUCCGCCGCCGUCUUCCUACGCGGGUGCGACGCACUCAGCGUCCUUGAGCGUGUUUCUAUGUCGCCCGGACUGCUGGCUGGUGUCGUGCUCCCGUUCGCCUUAGCUCUCGAGCCGCCCUCAACCGCGAGCGACGAGGGCCGCAAACGGUAUGAGGCGAUCUGGCUCCGUCUCCUUCGCCUGGUCAUCCAUCCCGUCCUCGGGCGUCGGAAAGCGCGUACUCGCUCUCAGCCCCAACUCCACGUCGCGGCCCUCCACGUCCUGGCGCUGCAGGUAAUUAAGGCCAUCGUGAUCCGAGCCCCGGACGCCAUCUCCUCCGUGACGGGACUCUGGGCACACGUCUCAGCCAGUGUCGCCGAGUGCAUUGCAGAGGGCAGCGGGGCGUUCCACGGCAAGAUCGGGCGCAAGCCGCGAGUCGUCGACUGGAUGAUGUGGUCCACGUUCGAGCUGCUGUGUCUCUUCCGCACGCCGCUGAAUGUCCCCCUGAGGCAGAAGGUGCAGGCGACUCUAGCGGGGAUGCACGGGGCCGACGGCAGUCGCCCAGGCUCGGCGAGUAGCCACGGCAGUGAUAACUGGAGCCCGCGCUCGCCGCGGCUUCGCUAUGCUUCUCCCGCAAGGUCACUCAGCGGUCUGGCGCGACGGCCGAGUGCCCGCGUGCCGUCCAUGUCCUUGGCGUCGUCACGCAGCCCAAGCUCAACGGGCACGCCGACGCCAGCACCGCACCUGCUCCGCCCCCGCCUGUCAAGGAUCCAGUCCAUCUCGUCCCCUUCCCAACUAUCUCCCUUCUCGCCCCUCACACCCCCCUCUCCGACCGGGCACAGUCCGCCCGGCUCGCCUACCCGCCCCUCCUUCGCGGCCAUCAGCGAGCAGCGCUCCGCCGCCGCCGGCCCCGGCCGCCCGCUGUUCGACGCCUUCGCCAGCGCUCCUACGCCAGGUAUCGGCCUCCCGACAUCCCAGCAGGGCAAGGGGUACAAGCGCUUCACGAGUGACCAGCCCCUGCGCGGAUCCGAGAAGGGCGCCAUCGUCCACCUGCUCGGCCCAGCAAGCCAAGUCGCCGGCGCAGCGGGCACGGGGUGGGCGCUCUCCCGCCCCACGAGGGGGAACAACGAGGCGCUCCUCAUGCCCCUCUCGAGCUCUGAGAUUGUCGACGCGGUCAACCGCGCCGUUGCGACCUGUCAGGCAGUGUACGGCUACGCCGAGGGCGAGGUGCGGCCGUGGAGCGUGUCUGACGCGCUCCUCGUCAUCAGCGAGCAGACGAGAGUGCUCGUCGAGAACGAGUUUGGGCGCGUAUUCCGGCCCACUCAGCCUAGUAAUGCUGCGGCUGAGGGCGAGCUGGGACGCAUCGCUAGUGCCAUGGACGCGGAUCGGGAGAAGGAGAAGGAGCUUGAGUCUGAGGACGACAAGGGAUUCUUCGUCCCGUCACCUCGGCACUCUUAUGAGAGUGCCCGGAGCGAGAGGGGGCUCAAUGGAGGAGGUGUUCCUGGAGGUAGUGGAGUCGGGGGUUCGUAUGGAGGAGGAAGUCGAGGUCAUCGACAGCAGCCCAGUGUCACGCUCAGCGUUGGCGAUGAGGCGCACUCGGUGCCCUCCCUCUUGCUCGUGCCUCGUGAGCCCAACCCGAGUCCGAGGAGUACGCAGACGCAGUUCACGAUCCCGUCGCCCAUCGACAGUCCCGUUGGUGCGUCGGGGUGCUUCCCUCCCUCACCAACGCAGCCCAACCACCCCUAUCAAGAACUGAGUCACUAG